AUGCUUUUGACUACCAUGCCGCUAAAACAAUUACCAUUGUUAUGUAGUCGUGCUUCCACAAAAGCAUCAUCAUUAAAUCAACAUAAUCUGUUAGUUUCUCCUUCAUCAGACAGUCAAAAUACUCAAUCACAUCCUGCAUCCCAGUUGGAUACACAGUUGAAUUCUACUCCUCCUUCAACACCUGUCUUCAUAACAGGCAGCAGUAUCAUCCAAAAUUUAGAACAAGGUGUAUCAACAUUUAAUGGUACUAAUUUUAAUGUUAAAGUUCGAACAAAAUCUGGUUAUUCAAUUUUGGACAUGAUACAAUCUAUUCAAAUGAAUCAAAUCGAUAGUAAUUUUCAUCUUUCUGCUCAUACAGUCUUCUGUAUUGGUUCAAUUCAUUUAAAAAAAACCGGUCCUGAUGAAUCUAUCAAGAGCAUUCAAAGAUUGAUCCAAAUUUUGAAAGAUAAAUAUCCAAAAAUGAAACUUGCAUUUGCAACAAUUCCUCCUCAGUUUGAUCCAUUACUCAAACCAAAAUUGCAACAAUUUCAAAAUGGUGACAUAGAUGAAUUCAAUAGAAAAUUACUUCAGCUUUCGUCAACAAAUGGUGUUGAUACAAUUCACUGUAAUUUUCAAAAAAAUAUGUUAAAUAAUGGAGGAAUUCAUUUGAACG